AUAAAAGGUGACAUUUAAAUCAGCUGUUAUUUUAAACGUCAAAAUUUAAAAGCGUACAAAAUGGAUUUUAUGAACAAGUUAAGAAGUUUUCUCGGGUUGCCCACUCAUAAUGAUUCUACACAAUUCGAUAGUAGAAGGUUCUUUGAAGAAAAUGUCCCACCCUCUGUACCAGACAUACCCCCAAGAAGUUUCGAUGUUUUCACCGAUCCCUUACAAAUGGCUCAAUUUUUUGAGCAACAGAUGGGUGAAAUGUUAAAAUCCUUUGGAUUUCAUGAUGGCAGAAAUACAGACGAUAAUAUAUUUAGCUUUUUUAAUUUACCACCUGGCAUUGACAGUGGCAGAAUUGAAGGACCUGAAUCUCCUGAAGAUCUUAGAGAUCAAUUUUUAAAGAAAGGGUAUGAAAUUCCAAAAUCAGCCAAAGAAAAUCUUGACAAAGAUGUUGAUGGAAAAAUUAACUUGGGUGAAUUGGACACUGUUUUGAGAAAGCCAGAAAAAGAAGUUGUACCAUACAAAGAAAACAAACCAACCAGCUUCUUUUUUGGUUCAAGUUCUAGUACUAGAAGUGUUAUGAAUGGAGAUGGGUCAGUUGAGAUACAUAAGACAGUUCGUGACAACCAAGGAAAUGAAGAAACUACAAUUACUAAGAAACUUGGUGAUAAAGAAUAUACAUUAAUUAAAAAGAAAGAUUCUAGUGGCAAGGAAGAGAUAAUAGAAAAUUUUGUAAAUAUGAAAGAAUCUGAGAAAGAUUCAUUAUUUAAUAAACCACUGGUUGAUAAUAAACCUCCUCAAUUAGGUAGUGGACCUUACAAUGGAUUUCCAUUUGACAAUUUCUUUAAAUAGAUAAAUAUAUGUAGAUUUAAAAGUUAAUAAUAUAUUUUGAUUUAUUUAUUUAUUAUGCUUGGGUUUGAGAUUAAAAAAUUAUAGAUA